GGAUCUGUUUACACGUCAAAAAUUGAAAUUUGUAAAAAAUAAGAAAAAUUUAAUUAAAAUGAGAUAUCCGACAUCUCCAACGCCAAGUGAGAGCGGAUCAAUGCUCUCGGGAUACUCCUUACGAACAGGACGUAGUCAAUUACCUCGGCCAGCAACAUCUAAUGUUUGCAAUUCAGCAACAACAAAGGCAUCAAAAUAUUUACGAAGAUUAGUUAAGUUUAGACAAAUGGAUUUUGAAUUCGCAUUAUGGCAAAUGCUUUAUCUGUUUGUUGCACCUCAAAAAGUUUAUAGAAAUUUUGGAUACAGAAAAGAAACAAAGUUACAAUUUGCUCGUGAUGAUCCAGCGUUUCUUGUGCUUGUUUUAGCCAGUUUAUGUUUCACAUCAUUCGGUUUUGUAUUUCUCUUCCGACUUGGAUUCUUUCAAACAAUCUAUUUCCUUCUUUAUGUUGUCAUUGUCGAUUUUCUACUGGCUGGUAUAAUUGCAGCAACAAUGAUGUGGUUAAUUUCUAAUAAAUUCCUACGAGAACCAAAUUCUGAGAACGUCGAAUGGGGAUAUUCUUUUGAUGUUCAUAUUAAUGCGCAAUUCCCACCUCUCAUAAUUCUUCAUUUUGUGAUGUUAAUUUUUUAUAAAGUUCUCUUCAGUCAAGAAUGGUUUAUCGCUCGAUUCUUGGGCAAUUCAUUAUGGCUCCUUGCAACUAGCUAUUACUACUAUAUCACUUUUCUAGGAUAUAAUUGCAUACCACAUCUUAAGAAAUCAAGAACGAAACUUAUCCUAGCAAUGAUGCCAAUCACUAUUUUGUUCUUUAUUGUGACAAUUAUUAUAGGAUGGAACUUGAAUAUUUCCUUAAUGAACUUUUAUCAUUACCGUGUACUCUAAAUUUCCUUGAUAAAAUCAUGUUUGUUAUUUAAAAAAAUAAAAUCAUAAUAAUGAAGAUUAUAACUAA